UAAAUAUAUAUAAUACUCUCUUCCAACCAUUUAAGAAACCUUCUUACUUUAAUUUAUAAACUAUAGUUGUAUUAAUAACAUUUUGCAGCUAUAGAACUAGCUAGUUGCUCUCCUCAGUAUUUCUGAAUUAUUAUCUGAUCAAUUUUGUCUAGCUAGCUAUACAGUUUAUAUAUAUCAAAUACCGGCCAUGGCAGAUCAUCAGAGAAUCCACCCAGCACGAGAUGUAGAAGCACCGGCAACAGCAGAGGUUCCUUUGGUACCACGAGGAGUCACAAAGUCCGACAACGGUGACCCGGUUGCACAGCCAUAUGCUGCUCCAUUCCGCCGAACCAUUCCAGUGAUACACUCCAAGCCACCAAAGAAGCGAAGAAGCUGCCUAUGCAGAUUCCUUUGCUCGAUAGUCCUCCUCAUCACUUUUCUAAUAAUAGCCGUCGCCAUAGCCGGAGGAGUCAUGUACCUGGUGUUCCGACCGAAGCUGCCCAAGUACACGGUGGACAAGCUUCAGAUAACGCAGUUCAACAUGAGCAACGACCAGAGCCUUUCGGCGACUUUCGACGUGACAAUCACGGCCACAAAUCCCAACAAGAAGAUCGGGAUUUACUACGAGAGCGGGAGUAGGAUUAGCGUGUGGUACGUGGCGACGAAGCUUUCGGAGGGAGCGCUGCCUAAGUUCUACCAAGGGCAUCGCAACACGACGCAGCUGGUGGUGCCACUGUCAGGGCAGACGCAGAACGCCGCAGGGCUUUUGGGUGCGUUGCAGCAGCAGCAGCAGCAGAUUGGGUAUAUUCCCAUCGUUCUUAGGGUAAGGCAGCCGGUGAGAGUGAAGCUGGGGAAACUCAAGCUUUUCAAGGUCAAGUUCUUGGUGAGGUGUAAACUCAAUGUCGAUAGUCUCUCGGCUAACAAUGACAUUAGAAUUCGUAAUAGUAGCUGUAAGUUCAGGUUCAGGUUAUAGAUUAUAUGCUCUCUCUCUCUCUCUCUCUCUCUCUCUCUCUAUUCUAUCUAUACACCCUUAUUCGCUUCCCUUAUACGCACAUGAUCUAGGGAGUUUUCCAUUUUUCCAUUUUUCUCUUUUCGUGUAUUUUUUUUUACACUGAUAUAAUCAUAUAUAUAUAUAUAUAGCCUAUACAUAUACAUUUAUUUUUUUAUUUCUCUGUACUUGGAUUGGAUUAUUGUUUAUUGCGCAGUUUGCACUUAAUAUAUCUUAUAUUGAUUUA